CGCGCUCCCCAGCUGCGCCGGCUCUCGCAUGAGGCGGCGGCGGGCGGCCCAGGGGGAGGCAGCGCGCACAAAGCCCGGUAGCCGCCACAGGCCGCCUCCCGCCUCAGCGCCGGCACCGGGCGGGGCUCCCGGGCGGCCCGGCCCAGCGGAGCCGAGUCGAGUGGGGCUGUACCGCCCCGAGCCCAGGAGCCGCCCGCAGACCCCCGGGCGCGGCGCCCGCUUCGGUGCCGGGCCGCGGCGCCUCCCGGCUUCCCUCCCCCCGCGCCUCCCCGGGGCAGCGGCUCGCCCUGGCGCGGCGGCAGUUGCUGGAAGUCGGCGGCCGGGAUCAGUCUCCCUCCCGGGGAGAGUACCGUGUGGAGGGGCUACUCCUGCGAGUCACGGCUGCUGGGGGGCUGAGUUUGUUUACUUGUGGUUCGCGUUUCUCCCUCUGGAUUCUCUCUCUGCUCGCGUAGCGGAUCGACAGAGGUGCUUUGGUGGGGGUUUUAUGGAGCGUUUUUCCUCUGAAAACAUUGCUGCUAAAAAGCUCCAAACGGGAGAAGUAAAUCCAGUCAGCUUGUCAGGUCACUGGCUCAGUGUAAAAGUGCUUUCAUGAGGUAACGGUGGGCCAAAGUCAACUUUUCUUUCUCCUUUGUAAAUCUGCAGCCAAGCAAUGGGCCAGAAAAUCUCAGGGAGCAUAAAGUCUGUGGAUGUGAGGGAGCCCCCUUAUAGACCCGUUAAACGAGAGCUGAGAGGCCCGGAUUUUUGCAAGCCAGCGCGACUGGACAUGCUGUUGGAUAUGCCCCCUGCCAAGCUGGAGGUCCAGUAUAAACACGCUUGGAACAAUGAAGAUCGCUCCUUAAAUAUAUUUGUAAAGGAAGACGAUAAACUGACUUUUCAUAGACACCCAGUUGCCCAAAGCACAGAUUGCAUCCGGGGCAAAGUCGGCUACACGAGAGGCCUGCAUGUCUGGCAAAUCCACUGGCCCACGAGGCAACGGGGAACUCACGCUGUGGUGGGUGUCUCCACAGCCGAAGCCCCGCUGCACUCGGUGGGAUACACGUCGUUGGUUGGUAGCAACAGUGAAUCGUGGGGCUGGGAUCUGGGACGCAACAAACUCUACCACAAUUGUAAAAACCAGCCUGGAGUCACGUAUCCUGUCUUUUUGGAACCGGAUGAGUCUUUUGUACUCCCAGACUCCUUACUGGUGGUUUUGGAUAUGGAUGAAGGGACGCUUAGCUUCAUGGUAGAUGGACAGUACCUUGGAGUGGCCUUCAGGGGACUAAAAGGGAAAAAACUUUACCCCAUAGUCAGUGCAGUUUGGGGGCACUGUGAAAUUACAAUGAGAUACAUCAACGGACUUGACCCGGAACCCCUGCCUUUAAUGGACUUGUGCCGAAGAUCAAUUCGUUUUGCUCUUGGCAGAGACCGCCUGCAUGACAUAGAAAUUCUACCUUUGCCUCUGUCUCUGAAAAAUUAUUUACAGUACCAAUAAGAUGUCUAGCACCCUCUGGCCUCACAUUGGACUACAUCAAUGCAAAUGGCAGAAAAAUGUUUACAGCGAAAUAUAAAUCUUCGUAAUGGACACUUAAGUGUUAUUUAAUUUUUAAUAUAUUUUUGAACCAGUGAAAGCAGAUCACUGUGGGGGACUACUAAAGAAUGUGAAAACAUUGAUUUGAUCGAGAUUCGUGUAUUAUCUGUUGCCUGUUGUGUUUACAGUCCUGAAGGCCAUUAUUCUCAUCUCUCAAUAUAUUGGUUUAUCUUUGUUGCCUCUGGUAAAUGCCAAUAGAAAAUCUGACCUGCAAGAUCCACUGUUAUGCAAGACAGAGCUUUCUUCAAUGAUGUGAUUUAUUAAUUUGUUCUCCUUUCUCUCUCCUACGCCUCACCCCAA